AUGGCUCCGUCCCAGACGACGCUGCCUGAUCUUCUGCAGGACCCGCCGUUAAAGUUCUCUCCGCGAUCCGUCACCACCCUCGACGAAGAAGACGAGGACGACGCAGACUGGGACCGAACCUUGAGACCCGCCGCCCUCGAACCCCAUCCUUAUCCUCAUCCUCAUCCUCACCCUCCUCCGCCGCCUCGUUCCGUCACCCAUUCGCGCGAGUCCUCCAUCGAAAAGCCUCCUCACCCGUUGCCUCCCGUCUCCGGUUCGACCCUUGCCUCCCCCCGGACACACAACCACACCCACGCGCACUCACGCUCUGGCCUCGUCAUCGAGCGAGUCGUCGACCCCAAAAGCGCGUCUUAUGGCCACCACCGCCAGACGUCUAUAGUACACGGCAUACAGCACUCUAGAAAUGGAAGCCACGCCAGCUCUUCUUCCAGUCCCCUCAGCCCGCAGAUAAUCGCUACUGCUGGCGCGAGCCUCAACCCUCUCGACCGCGCCGACAUGCAUGCCGUCGGCCGUUUGGAGCCCGACGCGCCACCCGCGCCGCGCCCUAGCACUGCCUUGUCUGGCUCGACUGUCAACUCGGGUCCCCUCGUGCCCGAGAGGACUUCCUCCGCCACAGACUUCACCAAUUCCUCCCUUACACAGCGAAAAAUAGAGCGAAUGCAUAGCAAGUCGAGGCGCGAACACGCACACCACCAAUCCCACUCUUCGAAGCACCACAGGGAUGAGCAAAAGACUGUGGGCGAGUACGCCUUGCACGUGCUCUUCACCUCUUUCAUUGCUCAAGCCGAAGAGAAACUCAAUGACUGCAUCACAGUGCCGUUCGAACCCGAGCCGCAGGUCGAGCAUAUCUGCGGCCCCGGCGUCGACCCCUCCUUCGACCAGAUCAUCACUGCCUUGGGCCAUAUUGCCCGCCCGCGACCGAAACCCCUGAUAGAUUCCAUGAUGCUUUGGAGGAAGAGCAAGAGCGACGCGGCCAACGAAGCUCGCAGCCAGCUGCAGCAAUCGAGGGGCGUCCCGCCCGGUCCGCUCCAACGAAGAAACACCGAGCCUCUUCAGCCUUUACCUGGCCCCAUGGACAACGGUUUGACAAGUCCGCAGACCUCGCUUGCUGCCAAGCAAGAAUUCGUAGCCCAUGCCGAACGCCGCUCGACCGUUUCCAUCUAUAUCCUGUGCCGUGUUUUGUUGGAGGUCAUCAGCCAGACCAGCCUGCCCUUUUUGACCCUGGAGAUGGAAGAGAAGCUCGAGGGCAUCAUCUUUGGUCAACUCAAGAUCGCCGAUACCGAACAGCUCAUGGUCAGCCCCCUGAAACUCGCAAACUGGAAUCUCUUCUCCCAGCUUCUCGGCGUCAUGAGCGAGAUCAACUUCAGGGGGGUGACAGACAGGUUCCUCGGCGACUUGGAGCGUUCUCUCCAGGAACUGGUUGCCAAAAGCCCGACUUCUCCAGCAGGCCGCGAUGCCGAAGGCAAGAUUGAGCUUGUCCUUGGGGGCAUGAAACAUCUCAAGGUCAACAUAGCACACCCAGAAGCCUGGGAACAGUCAUGCGACUUCAUGGUGGCCGUCGGCCGUCUCUUCCAUCGAUCCCAUGGCCAGCGUGUCAAGACGGCCUUCUGCCAGGUCCUCGAAACGCUCCUGCUUACCGUCGCCGCCCAGGCGACGAACCAGGACCUGGCGCAUCCCAAGUGGAUCGAGGUUCUUGGGGCAAUCGGCCCCCGACUUGCGCAAAUGUUCAUCAAGCCUCGGCACUGGGGCUUCGCCUUUCCCCUGACAGCAACGCUUCUCUGCUUGUCUCCUCCCGACACCUUUGGAUCCCAAUGGCUCCAGUUGAUUCUCCCUUUGCAGCCAAAACUCAAGGAUCGUUUUACGCGGCCGCUGUGCCUGCAGGUGAUUGCGAGGCUCUUGUGGACUUACUUGUACCGGACAAACGAUACCUUGCCCAAUACCACUAGAAAGUUGGACGAAGUGAUGAAGUUGGUUUUGCCGCCAACCAAGCGCGGCCUCGUUGCAUCCGACUCAGCUGUUGCCGAGCCCAUCAUUCAAAUCAUCAGAAUCAUCGGGUACAAGCAGCCCGAGUACUGCUUCAAGCAUGUCAUCUUCCCUCUGAUCAAUGCUGAGUUGUUCGUAUCCAACAAAGAUCUGAGAGUAGAGCAGCUCGACCCGGAUCGGAUGGUGAUUGGCAUCAGAGCCUUCUUGGCCAUCAUGUCGGACCUGGAGAAGGGAGACGAAGGUCGGCCCCCUUUUCCAAGCUCGUUCCAGCCGCCGCCCGCAAUCGAACGCAUCCCCACGUCCCCGGUGAUGGCUUCGCCUCACCACGCUUCGUCCAUGCCCUUUGCCGGGACGUUAGGAGAGGGCGAGCAGCUCUCCCGCCCUGUGCGGACGGCCGCUCUGAACGACGUCGUCAAGGAAUACUAUCACAAGUUCUGUGAAAUCCUCGGCAAAAUCACCAUCAUCUGCGAUAACACGUUUGGAGGCCAGGCUGUAUUGGACGAAAAGUUCAGCAGCCCAGGCCCCAAAACUCCGAUUGCAGAUACCUUCAAUUUCUCGCGGCGAGACGACCACCAGUCUCCCGCAGACCAUAAGCAGGCGUUUUACGAACUUUUGCAUGUUGCGGUUCAAGCGUUGCCCCGCUGCCUCUCAGUCGACAUACCCUUUAACUCGUUGAUCAACUUGCUAUGCACGGGCACCGCUCACGUGCAAUACAACAUCGCCUUUUCCUCGGCACAAUCCCUCAAAGCGAUCGCCCGACAAGCCCACGCGCAGCAAGUCACCAUGGGAUUUGCUCGCUUCAUCUUCAACUUUGAUGACAGGUACUCGACCAUGUCCGAUGGCGGCAUGCUUGGACCGGGUCAUAUUGAAAGCACGCUUCGUCUGUACGUCGAGCUGCUACAGAUUUGGAUUGAGGAGAUCAGACGAAAGACCCGCGACGCUUCCAUCGAUCAGCUCGAGGAGAAUGACAAGCGUGGCGCAAAGCUGGACCUGUCCGGCAUCUGGGCUGAAGUCGACCAGGCGGAAGCACAUGGCUUGUUCUUCCUGUGCUCGCAGUCCCGGAGGGUGCGGUACUUUGCCAUUACCGUCCUUCGGCUCAUCACCGACUUCGAUAAAGCACUCCAGAAUCAGGACAAGGACACCUUGAGAGUCAUCGACAUCUUGGAAAACGACUCGAUGCAAGUGAUGAACUUCAAAGACGAGGGUCUUUCCGUUGCGGAGAGGAGCAGGCUUCAGAGGGGAAUGCAAAACAGUAACAACCGAGGCGCUCUCGUGGAAUUGUGUACCAGUGAUGUGUCGUACGAUACGACGCUGUGGUUUAAGCUCUUCCCCAAUCUCAUCCGCAUCGCGUACGAAAAAUGUCCCUUCACCGUCACUAUUGGCCGGGAUUUGAUCUGCAACCGAAUCCUGCAGAUGUACAAGGCCAUUGUUCUUUUGUCGGAGCCCUCUAGGGGACUGUACUACGGCUCAGAUCCUGGGAGCGCCCGUGUCGCCGGUAGGACGCCGACAACCCAGCCGGAGAUCCUCGUGGAACAAUGGAAGCUCUACCUCAUAUUCGCCUGUACGACGCUGGCCGACCCAGGGAGCGUCGUGCCCGCCAACCCCCAAGGUACACAGCAUAGCCGGAAGACAUCCAAGCCGGCCUCGGCGGAUAAGAUCGUCUCAGCCAGAGUCCUCUUCAAGUACCUAAUACCCCUGCUGUCCGUCUCCUCGGCAUCGGUCAGAGACGCAGUGGUCCUGGCUAUGGGAUCAAUCAACAUACACAUCUACCGUACCCUGCUCGAGGAACUGGCAGGACAGGUUUCACGCUGCAACGAUGAAGCCCGUGCCCGCAUACACCAACGCACCAACAGCAGUCCAAAACGAAAUCGCAAAAUGGAUCUCCUAAGGACCGAAAUCACACAUGUUUACAAGCUCACCUGCCAUUUCCUCAAGGAAGAGGAGGUCUACAACGACGAGUGGGUUCUGACAAACCUCGUCACGUACACCCGGGACCUGAAGCUCUUCCUUAUGGAUGGCGAAGUCCAGAUGGACUGGGAGUUUCAGAAGCUCAGGAGGCACUACUGCGGCCUUACGGAGGAACUAUUUGAGGGGAUCAACAGGACGAAAGACCCGUCUCGGUGGAUGACGUUUGAAUCCCGAAAGUCCGCCUUCUCUUUGAUGGAAGACUGGUGCGGCUUCUCGCCAAACCAGACACAGAUCCGAGUCAGGGAAGAUACCAUGCGACAGUCCCUUAUCGACCAGCAAUCUCUCGGAGAAAGAGGCACCGUCACGGCGGCCAUGGAAAUCGAGAAGCGAAACCUACGCACGGCGGCUCUCAGCGCCAUGGCUGCCCUUUGUGGUGGGCCGAUGAGUAUCACCACCGAGAGUGGUGCAACCCUCCAGUUCGAUAUUCGAAGAAUGCUCGCGUGGAUUGAGGCCAUCUUCAACUCGGGCAGCGACCGCAUGAACGUGAUUGGUCGCCGGGCCUUGCAGAACCUGAUCAUCCACAAUCAGGAACUUCCAUACCUUCUGGAGCACUGCAUCGCUCGCUGCUACCUGUCUGAUGUUUCCAAAGUCCAGGAGAGCUACUUCGCUGUCGUCACUCAGGUGCUGCUGAAGCACCUCGACUACUCGUGCCCCUUUUGGAAACUGCUGGGGCUCUGCCUCUUCACCCUCGGUAAUGACGAGAGCGAAAUACGGUCUAAGUCGGCCCGGUUGAUGAGGUCGCUCGAAGAGAGACAGCAACCAGGCCGGACUUCCAAGAUUCAGGACUACGACAUCAGUAUUUCUGACAAGACGAAGGCGGUGUACAAGCUGGCCCAGUUUGAGAUCUCCAAGCGGCUUGCAAAACAGCAUACUGAGUUGGCAUUCCAUAUCUUCUCUGAGUUUACCCUAUACUUCAAGGAUCUUCACCCUGCCUCACAACGUAACGUUGUGGCCGUCAUCUUGCCUUGGAUCCAGUCAAUUGAGCUCAAGGUUGAUCCGAAUGGCGGCCCCAUCGCCCAGUCGUACGUUCUCUUGGCCAACUUACUAGAGAUCACCAUCAAGUCGAGCGGCGCGCUGCACAACGAGGUUCAGGCACUAUGGCAAGCACUCGCAACCGGUCCGUAUCCAGGAAACGUCCGGCUGAUCCUCGACUUCAUCAUCUCUUUGUGUCUUGAGAGACGAGAGCAGAACUUUGUCGAGUACGCCAAGCAAAUUGUUGUCUUUCUUUCCAGCACCACCAGCACUCCCGGCAUGAAGGUCGUCGAGUUCCUUCUCAUGCAGAUUACCCCCAAGGCGAUGGUCCCCAACGAGAAGAAGGACGCCAUGCCGCCGCCGCCAGACAUUGGCCUCCUGCCCUACUGCGCAGACCUAGGGGAGGCACUCCCCGUCGGCACGAAGCAAGCCGGAUUCUCCCUUGGGCAGCUCUCGCUGAUUCUCCUGGUCGAUCUCAUGGUGUCCCCUGUGCAUCUCGUACCCGAGAACGUACCAGUGCUCCUUCAGGUAGUGACCGUGCUCUGGGAUCACUAUACGCCGCUCGUCCAAGAGCAAGCCAGAGAAAUGUUGGUCCAUCUAAUUCACGAACUUGUCAUUUCCCAGCUGGAUGACCAAACGGAGCCGACGUCUAGGGCCUCGAUCGAGGACCUCAUCGACUUGAUUCGACGUCAUGAUCGUUCGGUCGUCUGGGGCUAUGAGGACAGCAACGGCAAAGCUGACGAUCGCGACAACAAAGUCCCUCCAAGCAUGGAGUUCUUGACUGCCGAGGUUGUCAAGACUUUUGAAAUGACUUACCCGGGCAUCAAGGACCAGUGGGGCAGGCUGUCAUUGACAUGGGCAACGUCAUGUCCUGUCCGACAUCUCGCUUGCCGUUCGUUCCAGAUAUUCCGAUGCAUCCUCACCUCUUUGGACCAAUUCAUGCUGGGAGACAUGCUCGCACGCCUAUCAAACACCAUCGCCGAUGAAGACACCGAGAUUCAAACUUUUGCCAUGGAGAUCCUCACCACGCUCAAGACACUUAUCCUGAAGCUAGACGCGGACAAGCUACUCACAUUCCCGCAGCUCUUCUGGACAACGUGUGCCUGUUUGGAGUCCAUCAACGAGCGCGAGUACCUGGAGGCUGUAGAGAUGCUGAACGAAUUUUUGACAAAGGUCGACUUCCGGUCACCCAACGUCCGCAGGCUUCUUCUCGACGGCCAGCCCUCGAGAUGGGACGGUCAAUUCGAGGGCCUUCAGUCCCUGCUGUACAAGGGGAUGAGGUCAUCUGUGUGCAUGCAAGCCACUCUGAGCACGCUUGACAAGAUGGUUCAGCUGCCUAGCGAUGGCCUCAUCGGCGACGACAGCCGGCUGUUCUUCGCCGUGCUGGCUAACUUCCCUCGUUUCUUGCACGAGAUGGAACAGGACGAGCCCAGUGAGCAAGCUUUACAGUCUGCCGAGAUCCUGUGCGCCGUCUGCGAGACUCAAGGGUACGGCAACAUUGCCGAAGUCCUCGGGGAAUACGUUGCUUUCAAGUACCAGGGCAACAGCAGAGAGUUUCAAAGCCGUCUCUUUGCCUCACUAAAGGACAAUUUCCUCCCCAAACUGGACUUCCGGAUGGUCAUCUUCCUGAUGGGCUUGCUCACAAAUUCCACUGCAUGGGUGAAGCUCAAGACCAUGAAUAUCCUUAGUAUCGUCAUUCCCGAGAUCGACCUCCGAAAGCCCGAACUGGCCGGCCACGGCUCAGAUCUCAUCUCGCCCCUUUUGCGUCUCCUGCAGACCGAAUUCUGCAUGGAGGCGCUGGAGGUGCUGGACAAUAUUAUGACGAUGUCGGGUAGCGCCAUGGACAAGCAGCACUUAAGAAUGAGCAUGACUCGAUCUACGUCCAAGACAAUUAGAAAAGAAUACGAGCGGACGCAGAGCCUGUUCGGCAUCCCCGAAGCGUCGGGCUGGGCCAUACCGAUCCCAGCCAAGAAGACGGACUCGACGCGUGCCAAUAUCCACGCCGCAUUCUACAUGUGCCAGACCGCGGAAGGACUUCUGACGGAGGCGACGCCGACGCCCGAUGUCGAAUUUCAUACCGACGACUUCCCAUACAGCUACUUCCAGAUGCCAGACAGGACCGAAACGAUGAUGUCGGAUGAAGGUCGCGGAGACGGACACCUCGGCGACCUCGUCACAAAGCUCGACAGCCUAGAUGACUUCUUCGACGAUCUCGGCACGAGCUCACCCAGCGACGGUCGCUCAUCGAAGACCAUCACUGAGUUCUCGCCGGACAGUUUUGAGUCCGGAGCGCAGUUGUAUGAUGAGCAAAUCCUGCCAAUCCUGCAUCAGGCUUCCAACAACAGCACCUUCCAGAAUGGGUUUACUGACAGGCCACCAGCGACGGCAAGGGAUCCGAGCUCCAACACGAUGAAUCCUGGAGCUUUUAGUGCAUCGUCGGCGUUGUCGGCCGGCGUCGGCGGCGGUAUGGGAGGAGGCUCGCGACCGGGGCUUCACUACAGAUCCAUCACGUCGCCGUCGGCGCCCGCGUCGUACCAGCCGCACAUAAGCGAGUUCACGUCGGACGACGAGUUCCUUGAAGACGUCUUCUCGGACGCGGACGAUGAGCGACCGAACACGGGCCACGGCGGCGAGGGCUCUUUCUCGUUGGAGAACAUGAUCAAGCCGCUUGCGCAGAGCACGAGAUCACGGAUGCGUCGCUUGACGGGAGGCAGAUCGCGCGAGAACGACCGACAGCAGGAACUGUUCCGAGCCGAGCGGGUCGCCGCCGCGCAACAAGUUCCCAAGGUGCCGACCAAUUUCCUUACGAAGAUGCCGUCGCAAGGGGAGAUGCUUUAA